CCCAAGGUAACCUCCCAUCAACACCUCCCUCAUCCCCAGGUAACCUCCCAUCAACACCUCCCUCAUCCCCAGGUAACCUCCCCUCACCUCCCUCAUCCCCAGGUAACCUCCCAUCAACACCUCCCUCAUCCCCAGGUAACCUCCCCUCACCUCCUCUACCCGCCCCACUACCACCUCUACAACCAAAACCCUGACCCGUGUUUAGAUAGUCCAGAUUGGAGUGGAUCUGAACCUCCUUGUGGACUUUCCUACCUGCUCAGGACCACCAGGUACACCCACCAGAACCAGGAUCUCCAGAACCAGAACCAGUUCAGAGAUGAACCCUACACACCCGGUCCGGUCCAGGACACCUGGAGGCCGACUAUGCCCCAGCUCCAGUGUCCUCCGCUGGGCUCCACCACGGGAGGAGUCCCCCAGGGAGGAUGGAGCUCCAUGGACUUCAACUCAUCCUCCGCUGACGACUUCACCGCCGCCACCACCCAGUUUUACCACGACAGUUACCAUGACAACUACGCCCCCCAGCCCUUCUGCAGCCCCUCCACCCCUGGUCCGAGUCCUCAUUACCCACAAACCCCCACUAUCUCCAGCCCCGGUCCUCAGAUGCCCUCCAGGACGGAGAGACUAGAUGAAACCCUCAGCUGCUGUCUACAUGAGUAUGACCGCUACCUCAUGACCUCUGACCCCGGUCAGCACCAGCACCAGCACCCGCACCAGACGACCCGACACCUCCUCCAGAACCACAGAGAGCCGACCCAGGACCAGACGGGUCUCCUCGACACCGCCGGGAGCUCGGAGAGCUGGUUCUCUCCGCAGGGAAGAGGCCAAGAUGUCAGCGGUGCUGCCCAGCCAACAGGCCUCGAUGCUGGGCUGAACUGGAGUGAGGAGAGGGGAGGAGGACGAGGAGGACGAGGAGGACGAGGACGAGGAGGACGAGGAGGAAGAGGAGGACGAGGAGGACGAGGAAGAGGAGGAGCAGGAGGAAAGAGAAGAGGAGGAGGAGGAGAUGACGUACAACAAGUGAAACAUUUUCAACCUGAAACCGGUCCUGAGGUUCUGAAGCCCAGGCUGCUGUGUACGAUGUGUCCGCGUGACUUCAGGAGUCUGCCGGCGUUGAACGGACACAUGCGUUCACACAGCGGAUCCAGAUCAGCGACAUGGUUGAAGGUCCAGAGCGAGGACCCCUCGCCGCCGGUCCAACCCUCCGUCUCCAUGGUGAUGCCCGUCUCCGUGCCCGUCCAAUCCAGAGGCAAGGCGAGUAGACAGAAGAGUCGCCUCUCUCCAGCCUCCGGAGGCGCCGCGCCGCUCUACCGCAGCCUGUUGCACCAAGAAGAAGACGUUGAUGAUGGCGCCCACUACACCCCGCCGCCGAUGCUGCGUCCCGUUAGGGCGGGGCCCGGGUUGUACUGCUCCCUCGCCACCAGGCGGCAGCUUAGCGUGCAGACCGUGCAGCUUCACAAUGGACUCGGCGAUCUCGUUGCCAUGGAGACAGCCUCCCCUCCUCCGGGGACACUAAUCAAUAAGCCGCGGAUCAACGAAGGGCGGGGCUUCCAGGCUGACAUCCCGCCUAUGCAGAGCAGAAACUACGCCGACUCCGACUCCCACAAUGCACUGCCGCUGUGGACGCCGCGGGACGAGCUGGAGCGUCCUGUCAAUCAACAGAGAGUUGAAGCUCUGAUGAUGAUGGCUCGCUCCAGCGUGGUGCCAGGGGGCGGGGCCAGCCUGGAGUCGGCGCUCCACGUCCUAUCAGAGUGCAGAGGAGACUUCCUGCUGACGGUGGAGAAGCUGCUAUCAACUCCUGAAAACAACAACAACAACCACAACCACACAGCUCAACAGUAUCCAAGUGUGAGUUGGAGUUCAGCAGAGAGGAGGUUGCUGGUUGAAUCUCUGCAGCUUCAUCAUAAAGACUUCAGCAGAAUCCAGAAAGUCGUCCAGACUAAGUCGGUGUCUCAGUGUGUUGAGUUUUAUUAUCUGUGGAAGAGGAAGCUGAGCCUCAGGACCCCGGCUGGGCUGACCGUCACGCUGCCCGACACAAACGGUCAAAGGUCGUCAAGAUGUCAUGAUGCAUCGUGACCCGCUGCUGGAGCUACACACUACUGCACCAACACACAGAUAGAUAUAUAUACUGUACAUGUUUAAAUCCUUCCGGCGGUCGAGUUCAGUCUAUUUAUUUGAUCAGAAGUCAUGUUGUUAUAUUAAUACAGAUAUCUUUAGACGAGCUGAACAUUAAAGGAAAACAUUUCUAACUAAGAUCGUGGUGUUUUCUUCUGUCAGACUGCGGUCAGACAGCAGCUCAGGUAUGCUGAGAUAUUGGUUUUCUUACUUAAUCCGGCGUCUGUGUCUUCUCCCUCCGGCUCUCAGAGCUGAACGGAGCUUCACUUAGAAAACAGAAACCUGGAAACGAGAAGGAAAGCAAACAUGAGACGCCUGCAGCUCUUCACAUUAAUAUCAGUUAUUACUGUUAUUUAUCUCAAAUUACUAACAUGACCAAAAGUAUGAACACCUGAACGUUAUAUUGUACUAAACUAAACAUGAACCCUGAUUGUAUUU